UUGUUGCAGUUUUCUUCCCGGGCCUGCUCUGAAGGACUCUUAGAUCAUGAUCUAUGAUCUAAGGAAGGACUUUUCCUACUUUCCUAAAAAUUUGGCGAUUUUCUGGCGACUUUCUCAAGAAAUUUUGGCGACGCCAAUUUUUGAAACCUGGCAACACUGCCCUUGAAACCUUUUUCUUUUCUAUUCUAGUGUAGUGCUAGGAGUGGUAGGUGCAAAGUGAAAUGAAAUAAAAAGAGUUGAACAUUCAAUUAUUUCAACAGAAUUUAACCUAUAAGAAAAAUAUAAAUAUUUUGCAUAUAUUUUGAUGAAAUGAAAAUGCAAAAUAGAGAUUUUCGGAGAAUAUAAAAAAGAUAUGGAUUCAUUGAAUGAUGCUAAAAGAGAUUUGGAGGCAUAUCUAUCAGAAGAGCAGAAGAGAGAUUAUUUUGCUUUACUACGCCAGUGGUUCAUGUUCAGUGCUCCUUUGACCAAAGAGGCAUUUGACCAAGGUGUUCGAAAAUUCCUAACCACUGAAGAACAAAUUAGAAGUCAUAAUUAUUUUCUAUUAAGCAUAUUGUCAAAAAUAAGCUCAAAUAACCUACCAAAAACCACAAGAACCAGUAGUAAUGAUAGAGGUAUAUUUGAAAUAGCUGACUAUGCUGAUUAUGUGCAACCAUCAAGCCCAAACAUGGUGCCAACUUCAGAUUUUGAAAAUCGAAGUGCAGCCUCUGAGCUGUUUCUCCCUGACACUGGAUUUAUGGCAUGUAAAAUAGCACUAAUAUGUUGGAAGAACAAAAUGGAAGGAGCUGAAGAUAACGUUACAGAUUUAAUGGUCCAUGCAUGCCAAGUAUUCAUCAAAAAUAUAAUAACAGCAAUGAUCACUAAAAAAAAAGGAUAUAAAGUAAGGGAUCAGAAACUCCAAUAUGGUUUCAACCAGCCUAUUCCUAAUCCCUUCAUUAGAAAUUUCAAUAAUAUAAUUGAUGAUACCCAAGAGAGUAAAGUUGAAGUUGCAAAUGAUGAUGAUGCCUUGAAACCAAAGUGCAAAAGGUCUUUGGAAGAUAUGGAGCAACAAAUUGCAUUUUCAUAUUCUUGUACCAAGAGACUACCCUGUGAUAAUUAUUUAACUGUUGGACUCUUGUAUGAAACAAUAAAAGAAGAUCCUAAGGUAUUAGGUUUGCAUUCCAUGCAAAGUAUGAAUCUGUUUAGAUUGGGGUUACAGUUGACUGAUGAAGAUGAUGUAAAUUAGGUAGGUUUUUUAGUUUUUUAUGAUAAUUUCAUGUCUCCAUCCACAAAUCAUAUUGUUCAAUUAUAAUGAAAUAUCUGAUGCAAUUAUUAGGUAAAGUAGGUAUUUUUCAAGACUGUGCUAUCAUCUAGUUGAAUUGAAUUGGAUCAACCUACCAUAACUGGAAAAUAUCCAACAAUGAAAAGUACAUACUUGA